AUGAAGAUCGCCUUCUGCCUUGCCAUUGUUGCCUUAACCUACUACCUCGCGUUUGCUGAACCGAUCAUGUCGAAGCACCUCGCUGUGCGAGUCAAGAGACAAGAUCUUGGUGCAAGCCAACCAACGGGUGCCAGUCUACAGUCGGGAACUGGCGGCACAGCAGCAGCCGCUGGCUCUGGUUCGGGAGCUGGUACCGGUGUCGGAUCCUUCAGCACUACAUCCGUUUCGAUGUGCUGUUGUGUGGUUUGCUGUUGGUUCAACUUUUGUUGCUGCUGA